AGUACUAUAAAGUUGAGAUUAAGAAAGAAAAUAGAGAGAAGAGAAUGAUAGGUGGUAGCAUCCCAUAGGUACCAAAAUCUCCAUUCCAUUUCCACCACCUCCUCUCUUCCAAUUCUCUCUCUUUCCUUCAUUUUCUCUUUCUCAUUCUCUCUCUCUCUCUCUCUCUCUCUCUCUCUCUCUCUCUCUCUUCCUAAGUACCAUUUUCUCUCUUUCUCUCACUUUCACUCACACGAUGUAACUCUGUCUUUAUCUCUAUCAUUCCCAAUGUUGUGCUCUUUCUUCGCUCGGAUCCUUCUUCAACUCCUUCACAAACUUCGGAAUUUCAGGGACACAGUUUUCACUGUUUCAUUCAGUUUGUAGCUGAAUUUCAGCUUCUAUUUCAUCAUAUAGAUUGUUGUUUUAUUGGGAAUUUCAGUUAACACCUUUGGAUCUUAAAUUCAUUACUAUCACUUUCUAUUUCAGACACUAUUGUUUAAGAGAUGAGUCGAGUGAAAAAUGAGAUUGAAGAUGAUAUGCUCUGCAACGAUCAAACACGGUCACGGUCGAAUGGUGAGGUUAAUGGAGGAAGUGUUAAUGGUGGAGUUGUUCUGAAGAAAGGGCCGUGGACAUCUGCAGAAGAUGCUAUUUUGGUUGACUACGUCAGGAAGCAUGGAGAAGGCAACUGGAACGCUGUUCAGAAGCAUUCGGGCUUGUCUCGUUGUGGAAAAAGUUGCCGUCUGAGAUGGGCAAAUCACUUAAGGCCAAAUUUAAAGAAAGGAUCAUUUACUGCUGAUGAGGAGCAUUUGAUUGCUCAACUCCAUUCCGAAAUGGGAAACAGAUGGGCACGUAUGGCUGCGCACUUGCCUGGUCGUACAGAUAAUGAAAUAAAGAACUAUUGGAAUACCCGGACCAAGAGGCGUACUCGGGCAGGCUUGCCAAUCUAUCCUCCAGAAGUGCGUUUGCGAGCAAUAAAAGGGAGUAAACAUGGCCAAAGCACUGGUGGAAUCAAUGAUGGUGAUAGAGGGCAUCAUGAUUUCUUGCCGAAAAACAACUAUGAGAUGCAUGAUGCAAUAUUUGACAAUUUGAAGGAAAAUCAGGGAAUCUUACCUAUUACAAUUUUGCCUGAGAAUCCUGAUAUUUCUGCUAAUAGCAUUAUGCGAAACAGUCUUGAUUCUCCUCCAUAUUGCAAUCCUUUGCCAUCAACAAUGUCUUUUCUUGGUUCAAGUGGAAUGAACAAGAAUUGGUUUUAUCCCUUUUACCAUGUUCAGGAUCAUAGUUCUGAUAAGACCUUACAAUCUUUCGAAUUGCAUUCUCCUCUUGAUCCUGGUCUCCCCUCACAUAACUCAAUGUAUUACCGCCAUUCCGUAUCAAAUGGCAAUUCCUCUACUUCUAAGCCGACAUCCAAGGCUGUGAAGUUGGAGCUCCCUUCACUCCAAUAUCCAGAAACCGGCUUUGGUGGCUGGGGGGGUAACUUUCCCCCAUCUCCACUGAAUGAGUCUGUUGAUGUAUUCAAUCAGUCUCCUCUGCCACAUUGUGCGCAAGAGUCCGGUUGUUCUUCACCAAAUAAUAGUGGCACGCUCGAGGCCAUUAUUUAUCAGAAGAAGACUCUUCCAAAUUCAAAUAACAAUUGUUCUGACAAGAGUUCACAUUCAUCUACUACAACUCCUGUUGACGGAGGUGAGAGUUCUGCUUUGAACAUGAAUGAGACAGAAUGGGAUGAUUACGCAUCUCCCUUCGGUGCAACCUCAAUCCUGAAUGAGUGCCAUGCUGUUAACACCAAUACAAACUCAUGGGAUAAAUUGACAGCUGCUCAGAACUUUAGUGGCAGCAAUGUCAAAUAUGAGCCUGUUGAACAAGUUUCUACCCCAAACAGUGAAAACCGAUCUAUGUCUAUGUUGAACAUCACUUGGCCAGAUGUCAUGUUAGCUUCAGAUUGGCAUGAGCAGUGCUAUGGGCAUGAGAAGAACAUGACUGAGGCUAGUGACAACCUAACAGAUUAUAAGCAUGUGGCUGGUGGGACUUAUUCUUCAAGUACAGGGGGUCGCUUUAUGCACAUGGCAUGACAUGCUUAUCUGAUCUUCAUUGAGAAAACUGUUGAAAUGAAUAUUAUGAACUUUUCCUUAUGCAUUCAUGUUAUUCUUUUGACAUGAGUAUUCAGUGUAAUAUGCCCUUAUUGUAAACAAUCUUGAAACUCUUAGGAUAAUGUGCUUUUUCAGGUAUUUGAAUAAUUUGUAUAAUGACAUGCACUUGAAACUUUGGAUUGCAAGCUGCUAAAUGGAGUGACUAUGUCUUGUAUUUCUUUGUUCAUGUUUGCAUAUUGUGCUGAUAUUUGGUCA